AAGAUUCCCUCGAUAAUUCAAACACUUCAAGCUAAUAAGCUACAGCCAAUGAACCCCACAUGGUGCAUGGCGUUCCCUACUGGUUAUGAGACUGGAACAUAUCUUGCUCUGGAUAUGGGUGGCACCAACUUGCGAGUUUGCGAGAUUGUCUUGACUGACGAGAAAUCCGAAUUCGACAUCAUCCAAUCCAAAUACCGCAUGCCCGAGGAAUUGAAGUCUGGUACCUCUGAGGAAUUGUGGGAGUACAUCGCCGAUUGCCUCCAACAGUUCAUUGAGUCCCACCAUGCUGGCCAAAAGCUCGAGAGUCUUCCUCUUGGUUUCACUUUCUCUUACCCCGCCACCCAAGAUUACAUAGACCACGGUGUUUUGCAACGAUGGACUAAGGGCUUCGACAUUGAUGGUGUUGAGGGCAAGAAUGUUGUUCCCAUGUUUGAGGCUGCUAUUGCUAAGAGAGGAGCACCCAUCAAGCUUACGGCCCUGAUCAAUGAUACCACUGGUACUUUGAUCGCUUCCGCCUACACUGAUACCAAGAUGAAGAUUGGAUGUAUCUUCGGAACAGGUUGCAAUGCAGCUUACAUGGAGAAUUGCGGGUCGAUUCCCAAGCUUGCUCAUAUGAACCUGCCUCCCGACACUCCAAUGGCCAUCAACUGCGAAUGGGGUGCUUUCGACAACGAGCACAAAGUCCUGCCACGUACUCCUUACGACAUCAUCAUCGACAAGGAUUCUCCACGUCCUGGUCAACAAGCUUUCGAGAAGAUGAUUGCUGGUCUCUACCUUGGCGAGCUUUUCCGUUUGGUUCUCGUUGACCUCCACGACAACAAGGAAGUCCACAUCUUCGAAGGCCAAAACAUUGAUAAGCUCCGCAAAGCUUAUACCCUUGACUCCUCCUUCCUUUCCCUGGUUGAAGAGGAUCCCUUUGAGAACUUGUCCGAGACAGGUGAUCUCUUCCAGAACAAGCUUGGAAUCACUACAACCCACCCCGAGUUGGAGCUUAUCCGCCGCCUUGCGGAGCUCAUCGGUACCCGCGCCGCUCGCCUAUCCUCUUGUGGUGUAGCUGCCAUCUCCAAGAAGAAGGGCUACGAAACCUGUCACGUUGGAGCCGACGGAUCCGUCUUCAACAAGUACCCCCACUUCAAGCAACGUGGCGCUCAAGCUCUGCGUGAGAUCUUGGACUGGCCCGCUAAGAAGAGCUCCAAGGAGGAAGACCCCAUUGAAAUCUUGGCCGCUGAGGAUGGUUCCGGUGUUGGUGCCGCAUUGAUUGCCGCACUCACACUUAAGCGUGUCAAGGAGGGCAACAUGGCAGGUAUCCUGCACCCAGAGAACUACAAGUAAAUUACUUCUUGCAGGAUUCUAUGAAUGACAUAUGGGUAGAGAAAAGGAAUGACUCAAGAUCGAAAUUUGCUUCUACACUGAACUCUCGUUCUCGUACACGAUUUUUAGACUCAAGUGUAUUUAGCUUAGUC